ACUUCAUUCUGAAUAAGAUGUAUUUAUGCAGUAAAAAUGUCAUUAUGUGCUUGAUCUGAUUAAAUUUUAAACAUUGAACUGGAUACAGUAAAAAACUGUUAACAAAAAUAACAUGGUGAUGUAGGAGGAGACCAAUAUGUCUGUUAUUUUGCCAUUUUUAGCUUUUUGACGUGGAAAAUACUGCAUCAACAUUAAAUGGUCAUUGACUAGCAAAUUAUGUUUAAAUUUGAAACACAAGAAGUUGUGUUAUGUUUCAGACAACUAUUUUUACAAGUUUUAAAUGUGUAAACAUGUUCACCUCCAAAGUGCUCAAGAUAAACUACAUAUCUUCUUACAUGCAACACACUACCAACUUUGUAUCACAGGAAAAGAUGAAGAAAAAGAGAGCAAAGCUCAAGUCCCUGUCAGUGUGUAAUGUUACCUUCUGCUGAGAUGGAUCAAAAUGUACUUGGAACUGUGGAUGAUAGCAUAGAUCCAAACAUCUUCAAUUUCAUAGAUGUUGGAAACUCUGCUGUCUCACCAAAUUUAGAAGAUGCAGUGGGGUUCACAUGGGCUGAUGACCUCAUUUCAUCAGCUGAACUUGACCCUUCAAACAAUUCUGACAAUUCUGGCCAGUCAAUUUCACAGGCUGCUGCAGCUCAGCAACAUGUCGCAACAGCAGUGCAGCAGCAUGUCCUACAAAAUGCAGUUUUACAGCAACAGCAGAACAUGGGGGGACUGCAGUUGUUGGCCAUGGGGCAGCAGCAGCCAACACAACAAAUUGUGUCCGCCUCUGAUGCAGUGGGAAUCUCUGCUCAUCAGGUCUUGCAAAAUCAAACCAUACUUCAAGGGUUGGGACAACAGCAGAUUGGGUCCCAGUUUAUUCUCAAAACAACUCCUGGCACAGCUACAUCUAUACAUCUGACUCAGGGUCAAGGCCAUCUUACGCAGACCUCUGCUGGCAGCACCACUAUAAAUGGUGCCCCAAGCCAGUUCAUGUCUUCAUCUUCACCUGUUGUCAGUGGACCAUGCACACCUAGCCAGAGUCCAGGACCACAUUUGAGCCGUACACUGACCCCUAAUCAGGCUUUAUCAGCAGCAUCAGGGCAGCCCCAGAUAACAACGAUCAGUCAUCCUUCUAGUCAGCAGCACAUUACUGGUGCAACUGUAACUGCUGCAGCUCCAUCAAGCAUUAACUUUUUGCAGUUGCCUCAAUCUCAGAUCUCCCAGCAGAUGCCUUUACAAGGAUUUGUCACAAACCAGACAGCACAACAAAACAACUUGCUGCAGGGCCAUGCAGUUCUGGCAUCGCACGGAUCUAAUAUUGUCCACACGCAAAAUGCACUCAUUCAGAACCCUAAUGUGGUGAACGUCAAUGUGGCUCACGUUUUACCCAACCAGCUAAAUCUUCAGGGAGCUUUAAUUCAGACGGCGCAAGGAAAAUUUCUCAUCCAGGCGCCAGCAGGGGGACAGCAGCUUCCUGGUCAGCUCAACUUGAGCUCCCUCUCCAGUCUCGGCCUGGGGCAGUCUUUGGGCCAGGCAUCAGGAAAUGUUGCAUUAGGCUUGUUAUUUGCAGGUAGUGGAAGUGUGAGUGGGCAGCAACCAAAUUUCAGUCUGGUCAACUUGGGGGGACCGCAGGGGCAGCAAAUUCUCAUACAGCGUGCAGCAGUCAGCGGCACAAACAUACAGGCGGGACCGGGACAGACCAAUCUUAUUUUGCGGACAGUCACACCAUCACCUCUUCUACAGCAGUCUGCACAGCAUCUUCAGACAACUGCUUCUACAGCUCAGACAGUGAAUAUGACCUCAGCCCAGGUCCCUCAGCAGCUUGUAGCACAAACAAGCGCAGCACAGAACCUGCAGCUGCAGCAGCUCAUUGCUGGGGGUGGGACACAAUCUCUUCGACUUGUCAGUCAACCAACCACAGGUGCACCCCAGCAGGGUCAGAUGCAGACUCCUGUCAGUAGUGGAGUCUUGCUUGGACAAGUGAUGAGUGGCAAUCAGAGUGUGCAACAGGUUCGUCUCAUUGGACAGCAAGCUGCUCAGGCAAGCAGCAAGCCCAAUACAGUAACUCUUAACUUGCCCAGUCAGAAUCUGAACCUCCAGCAGCUACAAAGCUUGCAGAGGUUUCAGCUUUCACAGGCCUUCACUUCACCACAGCAACAGUUUGUCAUCCAGCAGCAACAACAGCAGCAGCUGCAGCCCCAGUCUCAAAUGAUGUCAUCUUCACCUGUUGUGACUGGGAGUACAGUUGCCAGCAGUCUGCCCACCUCUGUUCAGGCAGCAAAUGCAAUAAGUAGCAAUCAGAGCAAGAAAUCAAAGAAACUAAACUCAUCAGUGACUUCGUCCAAUUCCCAACCUGGUGUCUUUGAUAAUAUAUUAUCACAGGCUUUGAUCACCAGUGGCAUUGAGCCUGAUGACAGCUACAUGGACAUGUUUGGCGGCGUGACGUUAGAUCAUAGUGCAACUCCACAACUGCAGUCCACUCCUUCACCACCGCCACAACUUCCACCACCACCUCAACAGCCAACAAAAAAGAAAAAGAAGAAGAAAAAGGAAGCUUCAAGAGAUCAAGAACCUGCGUUGCCUGUUGUACUGAGCAGCACCAAAGAUUUAUCCAAGUUAGGCAUGACAACUGCAUCUUCUACCCCAGUCACUGUCACUAUUUCCCAGUCAGGAAUCUCUCUCCAGGGUACAGCUUUGCAGGCAGGCUUGCUUAACUCUACUUAUCUUGCCUCCAGCCAGACUAACACUGCCACAGUUGGUCUUCCAGCUGUGGCAACUACCACUACUAUAGGAUUUGUGCAGAAAGGAGCAAUCACAUCAAAUGCAGGGGUAGGGACAGGAACCACUACAAGUGUGCAUAGUAGAGGAGGUAAACAGGGUCCACCAAAUGUGUCUGUCAAGCCCUUGGUGCCCAAUCCUCAACUGAGCUUGGAAGAGAAACGCACUCUUCUGAACAUCCAGACAGAGAUAACUCGUCUGCAAAAAAAACCCCCAAGCUCCCUUACAGAGGCAGAGCGUAUACAGCUUCAGCAAUUGGAUAUGCAGCGAAGAAAGUUAGUGUGUCAGGCACAAAACCAGCUACGGAAUGCCAUAAACUCUCAGAAACAGCAGCAACAGAGUGUUGCCGUUGGCCAGCAGACUCCCUUCAGAAUUUCACCUAACAUGGUUGGGCAGCCAUUGGUUGCCCCAGCACAGUUGACCAGCUUUCAGUCAGUACAGCAGCAGGAUUUGCAUGGGGCAGACGUCAAACCUUUGUCAACUUCUACUCUGCAAAUCCAGCCUAAAGGCAGUUCUGGUGUGUCUGGCAAGCUAAGAUUGCUGCCAGCUAAGACAGAACCUGGUCUGAAGAUGAUACAGGGUGGCAUGACAUCAGAGACCAAGCCAGUGCUUGUGGCAGGGUCUGUACAGACCAGUGUCAGUGGACCACUUGGUGCAGCUGGCUGCCAGAUGGGUGGACAGACAUCUACAGCUGGUUUGGUGAUGACAGUUUCAGGACAACAGCCUUCAGUAGAAGCAUCGGGGAGCAUGGUUGCAGGUCAGCCUGGAGUUGUGCAUGUUCAUUUUGGGCAGUCUUCUUCAGGCAUGACAGGGCCAGCAGGUGCUACCCCUCAACAGGUGCUGCUGCAGUCACCACACAAGGUUACAGUCGUGAGCAAAGGGACAGCUACUGCAGUGAUGACUACUGCUAAAGUUGGUGCUAUAGCACCCCAGUCAUCACCCUCCGUGCAGCAUGUGAUGGCAGUCACAAGUCUGCCACCCAGUGAACCAAGGCCUGUGCAGAUAAAGAUUGCCAAUCAGGUGAUGAUGCUGCAGUUGACACCCAGUCAGCAGGAAAAGCUGGAGCUCCACUUGUCACGGAUGUCACUAGAACAACAGCAGGCUUUUUUGCAGUCUCAGCAGCACAUCUUGGCCAAACUGCAACGUGGGACUGAAAAUGCCUUGCAGACACAAACUCAGGCCGCAGCUGUGCAUUCUGCAUCAGGAACCAGCAUCAGUGCAGCAGCAGUCGCAGCACCCACAGUUGUUGCAGCAGUGUCCAGUGAUGCAGGGAAGAAAUUGCAGGUUGUGACUGCCUCUUCAGCAGCUGCAGUCAUGCCAAAGCAACUGGAGAAUUUACCAUUGACUGUGCAGCAAGCAUUGGAAAAUAGUCACAUAAAAGCAGAACCCUGCCAGUCAACACAAAAUUCAAGCCCUUGCAAAAGAGUCGAAAUUCCCAAAGUUUCAUUAAUCCAUCAGCAGCUGAGCAGAGACCAGGCAAAUGCCUUGGCACCAGACACGAAAAGUGGAUUCCACACUAGCCGUGAGGCUUGCCGUCGUCUCCUGCGUUAUCAUGUAUUUCAGUUCUCAGGCCCUUCUCCUGAAGAAUUUGAACAAGCUGAUGAUGACUUUGAGAGUAUAUCUGAGGAGCUCAUAGAAAAGAAAGAUACAAUGUUAGCCAAGUAUCGCCUGCUACUACUGCAGGAGAGCACGCGAGGGUUUCCAUCGUCCGAAAUGGUAUUCAUUCAGCGAAUGAUGAACCAAGAUAUGCAUAAUGUACUUAAAGACGAAAAAAGAAUUAUUGAGAAGGACCCAGAUGUUUUUGUGCCGAUGCCAACGAAAUACCUCCUGAAGAAGGACCCCCAGGAGGAGGAAGAGGAGGAGGAAGUAGAAGAGGAGGAAGUAGAAGAGGAGUAUGAUCAAGAUGAAGAGAUUGAUGAUGAGAGUGAUGCAGGGGAAGAGGAGGAGGAGGAAGAGCAUGGGAACAAGAGCGGAAACACAGGUGACGAUGUUGAUAGCGAUCAUAGACAUCAUGAUGAUGAUGAUGAUGAUGAUGAUGGUGCUGAUGAUGAAAACUGUGCUACGUAUGACAGCUUUGAAAUGGAAGACAGAGAUGAUGCUGGCGCACCAUCUGAGCAAAGUGAUGAGCAGGUCAGUUCUGCUAACACAAGCCAUGAUGAUUCAUUUGAAGCUCCGUCAUCAGGUGGGAAAAGCGGACUUCCAUCUCCUGUGGCUCCAUCUCCAUCUCCAUCUGCACCAUCCCGGGGACUGGUCAAACUGGUCAUUCGCAAUGAUGGGAAGGGUUUUACAAGCAGGCUGGCAUUAGAACGACAAAAAUCAUCAGAAUCUGACCAUCGUAAAUUGCGAACUCGAUCAAGAGAGGGUUCCAAGGAGAGUAGCAAGGACACAAAAAUCACCUCUCCUGCCUUGGACUUAAAGAUAUCUGAAAUCAAAAGGGAGAUAAAAAAAGAAGGGAUAGAUGAUUCUAUGUAUGGUUCAGUGGUCAAUAAAGAGUUCAAGGUGGAAGAAAAGGACAAAUUCAGCAGGACUUCUUUAAGUGUAAAAUUGGAGAGGCUGAGUGAGAAGACCUCACAGGAGUAUGGCAUUGGUGUGGUAAACAGAGCCUCAGCUGGUGGCAGUUCUCGCAAGAGAAAACAUGGAAACUUGCAUGAAAGUGCAGACACAAGUAGGCACAAAUACCACCAACAUGCAUCUUGUGAUAGUGGUGAUUCUGGUGCUCGUGACCAUUCAGCUGCUAAAAGAGAGUUGAUAGAUUGUUCAGGGGAUAACAACGGUGAUGUUUCAGGCUGUGGUGCAUCCAGUUCAGAUAUUGGUAUAGUGCCAGACCGAGUACGAGAUAUGGCCUCUGAAUCUAGACACGAUGGAACAGUCGUGGAAUGCAAGGAUGUUCAAAAAUGCAACCAGCAAGAAGGUAAUGAAGGACUGUUAAAUCAGAAACAUUACAAGUCCAUAGGCAGCAAUAGCCAAAGACAAGCUUUUAUUAGUCACUCGGAAGAUGCAAGCAGGCUGCACAGACGAUCUAACUCCUCUAGCUCAGGGAGCAGCUCUGUCUCCAGAGCACACGUUUCAGUAAGCUCUGCUUCGGAGAUGGAGUCUGCCAUAGACAGCAUAAUAGAUAUGGAAUUGGACCAUCAGCAGCUGCAACAACAGGCUGGUCACCACCACUCCGAUAGUGUUGAUCUUAGUGACUUUGGCGUUCAUAGUCCUCUUCCAGUAGAUAUAAACAGUAUGCAACCACCAGCUUUCCCAGGCCACAUCCCCUCAAACCUGAUUGAGACAGAGAGGAUGUUUAAUAUUGGAUCUGACAAUGAAAUGGAAGGGUCCUUUGAAUCUGAUGGCACAGACCCCCAAGGCAGCAUGAUGAAUGCCCAGAUGCGACAUGCCAUCAACAGCAUUUUGAACAGCAGUGGGGGGUCUGGGGAAAAUGGAGAGGGGUAUGGUCAUUGUCAGGCUGAACCGUUUGGAUCGCUUGAAGGGAUCACGGGAGAAUAUGAAGGUACAGUGACAAACAGUGACAUACCAGACAGCCAGGAGGAGUGCGAUGAUAGUGACGAUGCUGGCGAAGGGUGUAGUGCCGAGGAAGAAAGGGUGAGGAACCUUGCUAGUGGCACAGAGGGAAUGGACGAUGAUCUUGAUGCAGCUGUGCAAAGUAUUUUAAUGUGACCAAGCUGCCCUUGUUGCAUGAUCAUGCAUUUAUUUAAUUGUUCAGCAGAGUGCGUUUACCUAAACAGGAAGUGCCUGGGAGAGAGGAAAAACAGUUUUUUUCAGGCCCUGAAGUUCAGCAGACUGCUAAGCUGUCAGUACAACAGGGUUUAGAUAUUGAGCAAAGCUGCAUCUCUUGUUUGGCAUAGUCUGAUAUUUUGUGACAGUUAUUGUUUUAAAAAAACUUAUUGCGGGAUGAUUGAACUCUCCAAUCAUUUAUAGAACUUUUUUCCCUCCUUUUCAUGAUUUUAAGAGGCAGUAUUCACAUAAAAUUGCUGUGGAUCUCAUGAUAUCAAGGUAUACAUGGUUUGGAAGGACAGACCUAACAAUAAGUUAGGUUACAGAAACUGAACAAAGGUUCAGAUUACAUAUAAGCUAAAAUUUAAAAAUCAUGUUUUGCAAGUUAGGUUCAUGUAAGACAUUUUAACCACAUUGUUCAUGCUUUGGCUGGCCUUUGCAUGUUUGUAAGACAUUGAGAAGCUCCCCUCCUCCUCCCCCCUACAUACACACCUCAUUAGACUUAUUCGUCUCAAAUCUUUUAAAUACCCUAGUGCCAGAGUUUUAUUUAAUUUGGAGGUGUCUGAGCUCAAAGCAAUAUUUGUCAGGCAAGUCCUGUUUUCCUUGCUUGCCUUUUGUCAUCUGUAUUAUCUUCACACUGCUCUUUCUGUUUCUGUGAAUGAAUGAGCAUGCACACAUUAAGGUGGAAGUUGCUGGCUCUGGAAUCUCUCGACAUUCUCCACUUGCUCUGUACCUGUGUCUUGUGUAGUUAUAAAAGAUAUUUUUACAGGCAACUGUUGCCUUGGUGUGGUCUUUCACAGCAGGAUUCCAGAGUUAAAACCAAUGAACAAGUUAACUGGGGUUAUUGGUCAGCAAUGUCCAGGUUCUUUUUGUCCCAGAUAAGGCCUUUUUAGUGGCAACUGUAAGUAAUAGAUUUGUACAUUUUUAGAUGCUGUACGGAUUUUUCAGAUCUCUGUUUUUAAGCCCACAUUAAAAACUUCCUUUUUUUCUGCAAGUUUCCUGUCCACCCUUCCCUGAAAUUGUUAGAUAGUAAGGUACAAGUAGAUACAACAGGUCCACAAGACCUCAAGGCAGUGAAGCUUUUUUAACUUGCAGCAUUUCACCAUCUGAGAUUAAAUGUGCUCAAACUGAUCAGAAUAAAUUUGGUGUUCAUUGUGUGACAGUUUUAAAUAUUGGAAACUGUUCAUAGUAUCUUUUGGACCUGAAGCCUUCUAAUCUUUGCGGGCAGUAUUCACUCUGUUAUCUUAAAGAAAAGAGCACAAUAUUUUGGGUACUUUCUGCUUAGGAUUGGAUUUCUGUCUGGCAAAAGUAAGAAAUGUUUCCAUCUUUCAUGGUAAAAGUUUCUGUAGUUUGUUACCAUUACCAAGGAAAGAGAAGGCAUCAUAUUGUAGUAAAAAGAAAUGUGUGCAGGGUUUACCAUAUGCAUCCCAAGACAGCCUUUCUUCUUAAGUUAAAAACUAGGAUUUGUCCUGUUUCAUCUGUCCGGUUUGUCAACUUCUAGCAUUCUACUGCUUUUUGUCUUGCUUUUUCAUCCCAUCUCUUCUUUUCAUCAGUUACAUUGGCAAAUUCUUAAAUGUCAGCGUUUUAUGAGGAGAAUAUAAGAUGCUGACAAGUAAAGCAUUUGAAAAGCAAUGUGCAAUACGAUUGAAUUUUCAGGCAGGUUUUUUUUUUAAUUUUAUUUUUAGGAAGAGCAUGUGUAGCACCUUCAAUAUGUUGCUUGCAUGGUAACUGGUUACUUAAGUUUUUUUGGCUCAAUAAAUCAAUAUUUAUAAAAUUGUAUAUCGUUUUAAAUUUCCCUCCACCAGUCUUAAAUCAAAAGGUAAAAUAAUUACUUGCCAUUCAACUUCAUGCAAUGUCUCCUUUAUAUUCAUUUUCAUUCCCACCACAUUUACUCACUAACCCCCACUUCCCCCCCCCCCCCCCAGAUAAAAAAUUAAAAACCAGGCAUUGUAUUUCCAAGCAUGGUCAGUCAAAAGAAUUUGUAUUUAAAUUAAAUUUACCUAUAAAAAGCUGUUAAGUAACAUACUUCCCUGACAUGGAUCUGGAUUUCUGAGUGGCUGAUAUGCAUCACCAUUUUUGCAAGGUGCAUAGUCUUAGCGUACUGUCAGGGUUCUGGUAAGACGAGCUAUUUUAUAUAUGUGUAUACAAUUUCCCUAAAGAGUAGACUGAGGACUGUUUUUGUGUCUGAACAUUCAUUCAAUGAUUGGUUAAAAGAAGUUUAUGAUCCAGGUUUGUUUUGUUUGUUUUUUUUAAUUUCAUUGGUUUAAGGUCAUAAGCAGUUUGGGGGGAAGGGCAAGGCACAUUUAGGUUGGAUGUACUUUGUAUUGGUAUUGCGUAGAAUCACCUUGCUUCUCUCACUGCUGUAGUAUUGAUGCAACACAGUGUCAGACUCUGAUGGCUUAUAGUUUGGGAUUCAGUCUACAAAAUGAUAUAAAAUUCUGGGUUUGUCAUGCCUUAUUGGUCUGUCUGUCUUUAGGGGCCUUGAUAUUCUUAUAACUCCAUUUUGUUUUUUCUCAUUUUGUUUUCCGUUUGUAUACCCAGUGAAUGUGGUAUGAUGCACAAAACAGUAUAUCAUUUUCCGUAAACAAUAAGUCAUAUUCUAGCAUUUUGUCUACAGCAACCAAAGUAAAAUGAAGUAAUUAUAAUAACCCUUAGCAUGCUUUUGUGGGACAUUAUCAUUAUUUCUGCUUGAAACUGGGAUUUAGACAUGGAGAAAUAAUGUUAUUUACACAAAACAUCAAUAUUAAGAUGCAUUAUAGAAAGACAGAUUGUUCUUUAGACAAAUGUGGAAACUAUUGUCUGCACUAAAUAACUUUUAAGACUCUGAAUUGGGUCUAAUUACAGAUUAUGAAAGAGCAAUAUUACAAUGUUGUCCACAGUUUAUAGAGUUGUGUAAAAUGUCAUCCUUUACUUAACAGUUUGACUUUAUUUCAUAUUUUCCUUUCUCUAACUAAAAAAAUUCCCUUCUAGGAUGCUAAAUUACAGAAUUAAAACUGAAAAAUGUGAUCUAUAGUGGAGUAUUGAACCCAUGAGUUUCUUAAUUGGGCUUGAUCUUCCCAUACUUCACAGUCUACAAAUCAGCCAAAAUUUUUUUUUUGGGGGGGGGGGGGGAGGAAUUAGAGAUUUUAAAACACAGUGUGUAUCAUCUGGUGAUUAAACUUCAAUUCUGUUCUUGAAUUAAGAGAUGCAUAAUUGUUACCUACAGUAUUAAUAUAUUGAAAUGUUCUAAUCUGUGUGCAAGGAAGCUUACUGAUGAUGCAGCUAUUUGUCGAUUCUGCAACAAAUCUCCAUAGACGUUUACAGCUUUAUGUUAGCGACAAUCAUCACUUGCACUGUCCUCGGGUGAAUUAAGAAUAAGCUAUAGCUUGCUUUCUAGUUUUACUUGGUUAAAGUUUUGCUUAUCUGCUCUGGGAUGUUUGGUGCCAUUUCUAAAAAUAUGUGCCUCUACCAUCUCCCUCCCAAAAAAGAAAAAACCCCAAAAAACUUGGUCUUAAGUGUAGAUGUGAAGUGCUGCUUAGUAUGUCUACAAAUAAACGAAAGCUGUGUCAAAGGGCUCAGUGGGAGGUGCAACAGAUAAUGGUUCACCAGGGCUUGAAAGUGCCAUGCCACCUCUUGUUGUAUUCUUACUUUCAUAAAGUUGCACAGUCUCUGUCGCAUCCUUUUUAUUUACCUCUUUAUGUCCAUGCCUUGUGUUUCAGUACUCUUUCAUUCCUUUUCUCAGACUUUUUCUUUUUAAUGUCUUUGUACUGGUUGCCUCAGACUUUUUUUUAAAAAAAAUUGGUCCAGAAAAAGUUCAACAGUGGUUACUGAGAAAAAUCAUGCAGAGAUUUUCAUAAUCUUCAAGGGAAAAAUAUUUUAGCAUGUUGGUAUACUGUUGCAAGUUGUUCAGUUUUAAUGUGUUAGAAUAUGUAUGGAUUUAAACAUUUAUUGUGCACCUGUCAUUCAAUUUUGAAAUAGCUUAUUUGUUUUCCUUUUUAUUGAUGAUUUGGGGAUUAUUUUAGUACUUUAUUAUACUCUGUUAGUGGAUCAAAACUUUUCCAAAAAAAUAAUUGGUGAGUAUUCCCUUUGUUUUGGUCUUUUGUAGUAGUGGUUAAAGUCAAAAAACAAGUUUAAAGUAACUUGGGGACUGGGUAAGCCAAGCCCCUGAUACUUGUUAUUCAAGAAAGGAUAAUUUUAGUGGCAAUAGUACUAGAUUUGUAGAAUUUAAGAGUAGAUAUAUGUCCUUUUCCAAGGUCUUUCUGCAGCAUAGCACAAGAUGGUUUAAUUGUAUGCAGCAAAACAACAUGGCUGUAAUGACAGAUUAUUUAUAAAUGCUGUCCAGAGCAUGGAUGCACACUGUCUGAUACAGCUUCUGUAUUAUUGCCUAAUGGAUUAGAAGGCAAAAAUUUUUCAGAUCGUGCAUCUGGGGGUGUAUGUUUUUUUAAUAUCAGCAACAAACCAGUUAAUCUUUUAUUUGCUUAGUCAUUGUCAAAGCUUCCAAUUGUUUAAAUUUGGGUGGUAUGGAUAGUCAUGUCGCCAAUAUUUUCUGGAAGGUUCCCUAAAUCAAGGAAUGUGCAAAGCAGUGGGGGGAUAAAAAGAGGCUUGGAUCCUUUUUUUCACAUCAUGACCAACACAAGUUUAAUCACUUACAGUACACUGCAGGGGGUGUAGGGGGCACAAGCCUAUUGAACGCUUAAAUCGCCACCUCCUUUUUUUAAAAAAAACCACUCUUGUAGCUUCAUCUGUUUCUUAUUGAUUGCAACUAAGAGAAGUUAGAUGAUUCUUCAGUGUAUAUAAGUUCACAUUAUACAUUCUUACGAGAUCUUUCCUUGUCAUAUGUCGAUGAAUUGUUACAUUUUAAAGAAAUGCUACUGGGUAGUAAUAUUUAUUUUUCCUUAUUUGAGAGGCUUGGGAGGAACUAAGUUUUGCUUUUACAGAGUUAUGCAUAUAUAAAACAAAAUCGAAUAUAAAAACAUCCUCACAAUUCUGUGAUACCUUGUACAGUUGUUAGAAUCGGCUUUACUUAAAAGGGUCAAAGGAUAGGUUUGGGAGUGGGUGGUUGAAAAUUUAGAUAACUGCCAGUGAAAAAUGGGAACAGAAGAAAAUUGGCAUUAUCAAGUAGUAGUUGUUUUAGUAUGUAAGACACAAAAUAUUUUGUAUUUAUUAAUACAGUUGUAGUUUAUUUUAAAAUUGUCUUCAUUUUUUGGUCCCAAGAAACCAUGACAACAUAUGGUCUCACAUAGUUCAAGCCAUAUGACAUAUCACUGAAGAGUGUGUAUAUUUAAGAAGGGGAAAACUUCAGAACAUGUCAAUUAAUCUGCCUGUUCAUAUUGUUUGACGUCCAGUUUUAACUCUUACUUGCCCAGGAAAGGUUAUCCCUUUUUUUAAAUCAUGUGCUGUUUUAUUGCAUCCCUUGCUUAUUUGGCAAGAAAAUGCCAGACGACUUAAAGUGUUUGACCAAGAUGACUUGUCACCUGGUUGCAGACUUCAAAGUGCAAGUGAAUGUACACUUUCUUCAUUUAUACCAUAUCAUGAAUUGCCAUGUGCAGUUUUGAUGAUUACCAGAAAUAGGAGUGUGAGGGUUAACUUAUUAUGAAUGCCAAAGGGAUGAUGGUAUGGAUGUGUGAAUAAUGUAUAUUGUGAACACAUGUUCACUUCUAAUAAUAUUUAUCUGUGUAAAUGUAAACGUGAUAAAUAUUUGUACCAAACACAAUACAGAGACUUUCAUAAAUACAUGUAACCAAUGGU